AUGGCCGUUGAGCAUAUGAUCAUCACAGAUAAUCCAAGAAUCUCAUUUUCUGAUGAAGUUGCGAUGUUUGAAGAGACCCCAUAUCGCUCAGAUUCUGCACAGAUAGACUCGACUUCUGAUUUUGAUUUCUGCAUUACCAGUAAUGAAACUUGUCUAGCAGAUGAGCUAUUUUCAAAUGGCAUAAUCAGACCUCUUCAACUUCAAGAAAAGUUCAUCAAUUCGAAACAAUUUUCGACGUCUAAGCCUCCACUGCCAUCUCCAUCUCCUCCUCCUAGGGAUCAGAGUUUAAAGCAGGAAAGUAUAGAUCAAUCUGAUCAAAAGCAUCCAUCGAAGGCACCUUUCUGGCAUUUGAAGAGAAGUAGUAGCCUUCAUUAUGAUCACAGUUCCAAGAAAAGUUCGAUUUGGUCUUCGUUAUCCCGUAGUAAUUCAACUGGCUCUGUGCCCAAUCCAAAGAAGCUGUCCAAGAAUUCUAUGGCUAUGACUUCACCAUCUUCUGCAAAGCUUUGUUCACAAAAGCCGCCAUUAAGGAAAAAUUCUAGAGGGCUUAGUCCUGUAUUGAAUGGGCCACCUCCUUGUGUUAUUUCUGUGAGUACUGGUAAUCUCUUUGGUUUAGGGACAUUGUUUCGCAAUGGAAAAGGCAAGAACAUCAAGAAAUGA